GAGUAUUUGCAGUUGGCGACAUUGUGCGAGAAACUUGGUGACAAGGUCGGAGCAGCUGCCCACCGCGUGGCUGCCAAGGCGCUCGCCGAGCCUAAGUCUGUCCCAGAGGCUACGCAGGUCCAGCUCAAUAAAGCCCACCAGCGCGCCAAGACCAUUGAGCGCAAAAUGGAGCAGGUCCUUUUCGACGAGUCGAAGCUCUCUUCCUUCUUCGACAUCGACUUCGGUGGCAUCAGCAGCGCGUUCCGUCUCGCCGAUG